UAUCGCAGUCCUUGCUGAGAAGGGGCCAUGAACGGGACGCAUUACAGUGCAGGGUCAAAAUAAAAGAGCUGAGGAGUGCUUACUGCAAAGCCCGUGAGGGAAAUCGCCGCUCAGGAGCUGCCCCCACAACCUGCCCUUUUUACAAGGAGCUGGAUGCCACACUUGGGUGUGACCCCACUGCCAAUCCGAGGACCACGAUGGAGAGUUCAGAGCAGGGAGAAGUGGGGGAGGGUGUAGAGGAAGCCGACAGCGAGGCUACUGGCGUGGAGGGAGACACCCCGGAGUCCCAGGAGGCAUGCAGCCAGGAGCUCUUCUCAAGCCAGGAGGAGGCUAGCCAGUCGCAGCAGCUGGAAGUUGCUGGUGAGGAAGAAACUGAGGAGCGUGCUCGGGUGACCUUGACUAAUGCAGCCGGAUCACUGGCCUCACAUCGGUUGCAGAACUUGAGAAAAAAUCCUCGAAAAUCAAAAGAAGAAUUGAUCAAAGCAGUUAUGAUUCACUACAACAGAGAAAGUAGGAAGACGCAGGAAUGGAGAGAGAAAAUGUAUGAGUGGAGGCAAACAGAAAGCAGGAGAAAGGAAUUGGCUAUCAAAAAAACCUCAAAGCAGAUGAUAAGGCUCCUGGCUCGCCAAACUGAGUCUUUCGAGUCUCUCGUAGCCAUGCAGGCAGAUCUGUACCGUGGUAACCCACACCCCUCCCAAAGCUCUUUCUUGUUCCCCAGUAUUUGCACAAAACACCUUUCUCCAGCAGCCAGUUUCUUAUUACCCCCAGCUGCCCCCAACACCUGUACGAUCACCUACCAGCCCUGAUAACUAUAAUUCUUACCCUGUGCACUCCACCCCCAUUACCCUGCAGCAUAGUAAUCCUGAAGUGCAGCAGACAUUGAACAGUAAUCCAAAUAGGACAUAUUCAAACCUCUGAAUGUACAGUCCACCACCCUAACCCCCCUGGCCUUUUAUGUAUUGUACUUUGAAUAAAGGAUUUUAUGGCUUUUACAAUA